CAUGGCAACAGUUCGACUUCAAAGGCGAACCCACAGACCUCCCAGACACAGGCUCCCGGGCCACGAGGAACCGGCCGAGGAGUCCAGGCCACGCUCUCCGGACCCCUCGGCCGUCGCAGCCCCCGGUGCCAGGGCUGAAGCGCCGGGCACUGCCGCCUCCCUCGCCCGCCCGCACGCCCGGAGCGGGGAAGCACGCCGCCUCCCUACGCACCAGCAUGGCACCUCGCACAAGUAGCGCCGCCAAAGUUUCCCCACGAGGGGGCUGAGGGACAAAAGCCCCUCCCGAAACUCGCCCGAACUUCGAGGGCCUCCGAUCCGCACGUCCCUCCGCCCAGGCGGCCGCCCCGAGCGCCGGGGGCCCGCACGGGCACAUGCAGCCCUUUGUUUUCUGUCCAGCCGGGCGCUGCCUACGUGCAGCAUCAGAGAUGUCGGAGCGUUUCGCAGGGGCCGGACACUGAACGAUCACCCCGGAUAGGGGUCCGGACCCCGCGCCCCGAAGAGUCCGGAGCCUGGUCCCCCGGCCCUCCCCUCGGGAGCGGGCCUAUUUAAUCAAAGUUUUGCAGUGUCCUUGAUGAGAAACGCCCGGAGUACCCGCCCCGCACGGGCGGAGAGUUGGCGACUUUCACUCUGCUUUUUAAACUGGCAAGACGCCAUCAUCAGCAAACCACAUUGUCCUGCCGGCCGGACCUGCCUGACGGCGGCCGCAUCCCACGGCUCACGCGAGGCUGGACAUUCGGACAAGGACCAGGGUCGCAGCCCGAAGCACGUGGUCUGUCAGGUAGAGCACAAAAAGCAGUGCCCUGCGGAGUUCACUGACUCCUGCGGCGUAGACAACGCCGCCGCCUCCGUCCCCAGCCAAGUUGGCUUCCCUGGCCAUCUUACAGCGCGGACGGCAGCCCACAAACGGGAAGCCCUCGCCGUGGCGCCCACACCUACGCUACAGGUGAACGCACGGCGAGCAAAACUUCGGGCUCCGAAGGCACCCCGGACACUAGACGCUCUUGGGCGCGGUCCGAAGAGGGCAGGAGAGUGGAAGACGGGCUGUUUUUAAGCGACCGCGUGUUGCUCUCAUUGUCGCAUCCGCAUCCCUCCGGAGUUGAGCAAACAACGCCACGCCGCGUGCGCUCCGGCAGAGCCCAGCACUGACCCCCAAAGGCCGAUUUAAAGACCCUCGGCCGCCAGCUUGGAAGCGGACGGCAACUUAGUUUCCGAGCGAAUGGCGUUUAUUGUCCACCCUAGCCCGGGGGCUGCAGUCAACUAAACCACGAGGUUUCACAACGGCGCCCGACCCUGCCCGCGCCUCGCGCCCACGCGGGCGCACCGACCCCGGCCGCUGAGCGGUGGCCAGCCAGUCGCUUUCCUCUCGGGCCUUUCGGCCGCCGGGCUCCUUUCCGCGAGAGAAUACUGCGGCGGAGAAAAGUCAUUGUCACCUUCAACGUGGAUCCCUCAACUCCGGCGACUCCUCAAUUAUGCCUAGGCUCCACUCACUUCCCCCGCCCCGAGACUUUCGGUUUGCCUCAAAUACCCUCCCCAAUUAAUAAAUACACACUAAACAAGCGCGUACCAAAGAACCUGGGGUCUGAAGAUCACGAAAACAGCGCUCCCAACAAUGCCACCUCCAAGACAAAACUUCCUGUGUGUAUGUGGAAGGACGGGGGGAGGUGGGUG